AAUCUUUGCCAGGUGUGUUCACCUUUCUUCUUUUGGAGGGGCUAUGCAUGCACGAGCAGCCUAGGCACAUGGUAUAUUUUGUGAGUGGUAAGAGGGGGGAAUCCUUACUCCAUCGACUUCUGUCUGGACCAAGGAGGAUUUCCUUGUGAGCCGCCGAGAUCUGCAAAAGGCAGACGGGGUAAGCUAAGUCAGACAUACACAGCCUGUGUGCACAGAUAGGCUUUUAUCAGUGGUAGCCGGUGAUCAGUUGAACUGAUGGGGCAGAAGGCAGGGAGACCAGCUGUCUUUGGGGCCUGGGCUAAUGACUGGCAAAGCCACCCCUUGACCGGUUGCCAGUGUGUUUAGAGUGCUGGACUAGGACCUGGGAGACUGGAGUUCAAAUCCCCACUUAGCCACAAGGCUCACAUUGGGGGACUUUAGAUCAAUCACUGUCUGCCUCAGCCUAAGCUACCUCAUAUGCUAUUUAACACUUUCAUGAAACCACUGGGAGAAGUUGUCCGGAGUUUUGAGGUUUCCAGUAUGCUGACGACACCCAGAUUUAUUUCUCCUUUCCACCUGAAUCCAAGGAAGGUGUCUCUGUCUGUCAGUGUCUGUGCCUCCUCCACAAGAGGUCCAGAGGGUGGCAACAUGAGAACGGGCCUUUUCUGCCGCAGUUCCCCAUUUGUGGAGUGCUCUCCCCAGGGAGUUUUGUCUGGCACCUUCGUUAUACAAUGGUACCUCAGGUUACAUACGCUUCAGGUUACAGACUCCGCUAACCCAGAAAUAGUACCUCAGGUUAAGAACUUUGCUUCAGGAUGAGAACAGAAAUCGUGCUCUGGUGGUGCGGGAGCAGCAGGAGGCUCCAUUAGCUAAAGUGGUGCUUCAGGUUAAGAACAGUUUCGUGUUAAGAACAGGCCUCCGGAACGAAUUAAGUACUUAACCAGAGGUACCACUGUACAUCUUUAGGCGCCAGGCGAAAAUGUUCCUUUUCAACCAGGCUUUGGCUAACAUCCUAUACCCUUUUAAAUGUGUUUAUGGGAGAGCAUGGGGAGUAUUGUUUUGCUUUUUUUAACGAUUUAUUUUGUGGUUUUAUGCUGUGUUUUUAUUUUGAGAUCUCUGGGUGAAGGGUAGUAUAAUAAUCAUCAUCAGCAUCAUCAUUAUCCAGGCAGACAAAACAAGACAACGCAGGGAUGCCCUUGGUCAGAUGGAGGAAGGGACAGCGGUGGUGCUGUGGGUUAGACCACUGUGCCGCUUGGGCUUGCCGAUCAAAAGGUCGGUGGUUCGAAUCCCCGCAACGGGAUGAGCUCCCGUUGCUCGGUCCCAGCUCCUGCCAACCUAGCAGUUCGAAAGCACACAGUGCAAGUAGAUAAAUAGGUACCGCUCGGGUGGGAAGGUAAACGGCAUUUCCAUGCACUGCUCUGGUUUCGCCAGAAGCGGCUUAGUCAUGCUGGCCACAUGACCUGGAAAAACUGUCUGCGGAAGUGGACGAACGCUGGCUCCCUCGGCCUGUAAAGCAAGAUAAGCGCCGCAACCCCAGAGUCAAUCACGACUGGACUUAAUUGUCAGGGGUCCCUUUACCUUUACCUUUAGAGCAGGGAAGAGGGAUUGAGUCUGUGCUGGAUGGGUUAAGACUCCUGAAGACACAGGUUCACAGUUUAGGCAUGCGACUCCUUUGCUGCAACAGCUCCACUGGCUGUUUCCCAGCACAAUUCAAAGUGCAGGUUAUGACCACUUUAAAAAAAUUCUUUAUUUGGUUUUUCAAAUUAAAUUUUUACAGAGAUAUAUCAAACAUAAAUCAUUAAAACACGAUUCCAAGGAAUCUCCUGGACUUCCAUCCUCCCCUUUGUGGGUCCUGUUAUUAAUCACUUCCUUCUACAUCUUUUAUGAUGAUCCAAAUCUUUUACAUUUCCAUUGUGUCCAGAAUUCACCCUUAAACUACAAGUGAUAUUCCAAUCCUGCUAACGAUUUUAACUGUUUACAAUGGUCUUUAAGAUAAGUUAUACAUUUUUCCCAUUCCUUAUUAAGAUUUUGGUUUUCCUGUUUUCUUACUCUUCCGGUCAUUUUAGCCAUUUCAGCCUACUCCAUCAAGUUCAUCUGCCAUUCUUCUCUGAUAGGAACUUUAUCUUCUUUCCAUCUCUGGGCCAGUAAUAUCUGUGCAGCCGUGGUUGCAUAUUACCUCUAAAGCCCUACAUGGCUUAGGCCCAAGCUAUCUGAAAGACCACCUGCCUGGGCUUUGAGAUUUUUAGGGAAGGUCUGUCUCUUAAUUUUGCCAUGCUUGCAGGCUCACAGGUGAGGGCCUUCUCAGUGGCUGCUCCCAGACUCUGGAAUGGUCUCCCUGGAGAAUCUAGACAGGCUCCCUCUUUGUUGUCCUUCUGCUGGCAGGUGAAGACUUUCUUGUUCCAACAGGCUUUGGGGGGAUUGACUGAUUUAUUGAAAAGACUGGGGGACAUGCUGAUUUCAUUGCAAUCAUUUGUAUGCUUUUAUACAGAUGUUAUAUAUAUAUAGUUUGAAUUCUAUGUUUUAUUUUAGUGGUUCCCAUUUUUAUCUGCAAGCCACCUUGAGUCCUGCUAGGGAUAUAACACUGUAGCAGUAGUAGUAAUAAUAAUAAUAAUAGGAAUAAAACAGGGAGAAUUAUGUAAGCCACAUUGAGCUCCUUGGAUGAAAGGUGGAAUAUAAGUGUAAUAAUAAUCAUAAUAAAGUAAGAAGGCAGGCAGGUGGGGGCUCGCUGAGGCAGACAGAGGUUGGUGGCAAAGUGCUCCAUUUUCCUUAAUGGACCACCCUCUGCUAGUUUUAAUCCUUAUGGGGCCAUGGAACCUGUGUGUAUGCGUAGAGAUUUUCAUUAGGAAAAUGGCAGUGGGGCAAAAAGGUGCUUGAGAAUCCCCCCUCUGUCUCCACAGACAUACUUGGUAAAAUAUAAGACAUUGUAGUUUCAAUCAAGGCGCCCUUUGCCUUGUCUGGUUGGACUGUCAGACUUACCUUUGGUUUCUUACCUUUUUACACAUGCUUGCCUUAAAAUCCACACCUCAGUAUGAUCAUCGAUGUCACUUGGCAUUUUCUGUCCCUUCAAGGGCUUUGUCAAGGAGUGCAUGAAUGGGCUUGCUCCAUUUGGCCCUCCCACUAACCCUGCAGGGUAGGGUAGGCUGACAGGGAAGGGCAUGCCUGAUGCCACCCAAUGUUUUUGGUGUCUGUCCCGAUUCCAUGAUGCCACCCACCCUCACUCCAAUAGGCACCUUCAGAGUCUAAACUUGACAUUAAUGUGUUUGCACUUAACAUGCAUAUUUCUUUUCUUUUCUUUUUCUAAAUGCAAAUAGUAUUAGCUGGCUGUGCAUAUGCGUGUGAUAAUUCUUGGCGUCAUAACUGCCGUGAAGAAUAUAUGUCAUUCUUUCCUGCCCUGCCAUAGUUCUGAUGAAAAUCUCUCUUCUGAAAUUGACAUUUGCUUUGGGAGGUGCAAAGAGGAAAAUCCCCCUCCCUCCUGCAGAGAACAUCUUCAGAAGAAGGAUUUUGCUCAGGACAGUAGCAGGGGAGGAAAGGGUUACAUCUCCCCUCCCCAGCUGCUAUCAUCCUGAUUCUUCUUAGAGCUGUGCCCCUGCAUGUUUAAUUCCAAGAACACAUUUAGUUCGUUCUCAGGAUGCAUAUACAGAAAGAUGCCAGAACCGAGAUCCUUGCUGGUGGAGAGAACCUAUAUAUACCUGUAUCUUGGUCCCAAGGUGUGUAGGACUCUAUAAACCAAAACCAGCACCUUGGACUUAGCCCAGUAGCUAAUUGGCAGUCACGUUGGGGUCCAACAUCUGGAGAUCUACAGAUGUUUCCCAGCCGCUGCUCUAAAUGUAUUGCCUUUCUCCUCUGCUUCUGACUUCUUCCUUGAGAAGGACUCAACAUUCCUAAGGUCCUGUUGUUUGAGUGUUCCAAACUGAUGUUCCAACUGAUGUCAGGGCGCGGAGGAGAGAACCAAUACAAAUAGCUGUGAUGCCACACUCUUAGGCCUGUGUUCAUAUGAACAUAGGCAGCUGCCUUAUGCUGACUGAGACAGGCAACUGGUCCAUUGGAGUCCAACACCCUUUUAGGUGGAGACAUGGGGGAUCUACCCGGAAGACUUCCUUGGUUCUUCAGUUGAGCGAUUCCCCCAUCCAAUUCCCCAGACCAUUCCAAUUCUCCAGUUUCACAACUGAGCCACUGAACCACUGUGUUCAUAUCCCUUUCUCAGCUGCCGUGUCUCCAGAUGUCUUUUCUCAUACACCUGAUCAGGAAGGAUCAGAAAGGUGGCUUGGACAGGUGUGCCUGCGGGUACUCUGAACCUCUGGCAUGUAUUUUGAGCAUCUAGGAUGAGAUGUAUUAGAAGUAGAGCAUCGCAGGAGCUUUAGUACUGCAGUCACAAGGCACUUGUAAAGGGUAGGAAAUAUGUGGCCAACUCCCCCCAGGAUAGCCAGUUCAUCGGGGAUGAUGGGAGUUGUAGUACAGCAAGAUAUGGAGAGCUGCAGGUUCCCCAUAUUUGCUCUAAGGAAUCCGUCAUGGUUGCUAGCCAGUCAUUCCUUUGAUUGGGAAAUUGCUUGCUUAAUGGCCCACAGUGGGUGGCUGAUGUUUUCUCAGCAGAAGCUAGUAGUUGGAAGAGGUCACCUCUUGCAAGAAUUAGCCACCAGAGCUUUGAGAAGGUGACCUGCUAAGGGGACGGACUGAUGUAAAGUAUGAAGGGCAAAUAAAAUGUGCAUUUUGUGGGACAAGAGAAACAGGUGAGAGUGAGAUGAGGACUUUGGUGAUGUUGGGGAGUGGAUCUCUUGCCUGGCAGCAGUGCUUAUGCUGUUUUGGAUCGUACCCUCAUCUAGUCCAGGCUCAUCUAGUAUAGCAUCCAAUUCUCAUGAAGGAUCAAUGUGUAUAUUGUCCCUUAAUUUGAACUAGUUGGCUUUCUGUCGCAGUUUUCCACUCUUGCACAAUGCGAACACUUGCAGAAUCGUAGGGUUUAAAAAUUUCCCAGCAAGAAAAUUCUCACCCGAAAAGGGGGGGGGGAGUGAAGCACAGGACCAGCAUGCUGAAGAAAUUGUGCAAAUAUGUACGUGAAAGUGUGCAUCUAUUUGCAUGAAUGCUGGAUGAAACCAGUUCCCUGACUAAGUGUUGUGAAAUGCUGCCAGGGUCACGGGGCAGAAGGUUCUCAGGCUUCGCCCAUCCAACCUCCUCCUCCUCCUCCUCCCACCUGGCACCUGCUCAGACUGCUUUGAACCUGGAGGGAAGGGCUAAGAGAUGCUUGCUGCCUCUUCAGCCUGGGCAAUGCUAUUAUGUCACAUAAUUGGCUUAGCCAUCUGCUAUUACACUGUCAGCCCCCACACCCUAACCAAACAUGGAUGUGCAACUGGACUUGGCUGUAAACCCAUUAUUUUGACACACCAGGGACUGAGACGGGAGAUCCCUCACCAGAGCGGUCAAACCCAACCUCUAACCUGCCACCACUUGCCAUCUGGCAUGGGUGGCGGGGUGUGAUGGGGAGGGGGAAGGCAAAUCACAGCAAAUGACCAGCUAAAGGAAAGGCUGUUUUUCUCGCUAGACUUUAGACUGCUUAGCUUUCGUCCUCUUUUGCCCCAGCUAGUUCCAGCUGGGAGCAUUACGGUUGCCCUGUGGGGGUCUGUGCAAAUACAGGCAUCCUCUUUCCACAGAGAGGCAUGCAGAUUACUUCUGUGGAUUAUAUAUGUUGUGGGUAGCAAGAGCUCUUCUAAUGGAUCAUUCUUAGCACCCUCACCAAAUGUUCUUGGGAGAGAAGAUAAAAAACACUAAUGCCCAUCUGCAGUAUAGAUUCCCUGGUGGGUCCCCCCCUUUUUUUUCUUUUGCGCUUUUGGCAAUGCUAUGGGUUCAAGCAUUUCUUGCAGAGCAGUCAAUAGGAAUGGGGGAGAAAUUUGGUUUUGUGCAUGUUUAACGAGAAACUAUCAAGUUUGCACUUCUUGAAUUGAAAGAAAGCAAACCUUUGCAUUUUGCAAUGCAAUUUUCCACCCAAACAUUAGGCUGUAUCAGCUAAGUUCUACUAAGAGUAGAUCCAUUGAGAUCUGAGUUAGAUGCAUCCAUUAACUUUAAUGGGUUUACUCUGAAUAGAAUGAGUAUUGGACACAAGGCAGUAUGUACAAAAAAAUGCAUAUAUUAGAGCAAGUGACAUACAAAAAAUGCAUUGCCUUAGGGGGAAAUUGCUUGCAAAUAGGUGUAUAUUAGUCACCAUUGCAUGCUAGGGUGUGUUCAUUAGGAGAAAUUCACACUAAAAUGCUGAUGAAUUUUCAUGGGGAUUUUAAAGGGAUCUCAAAUUGCUGCAGAAAUGUGGAGAACCUAAUUUAAGAUUGGAAAAAUGAAAUCGACAUAUCAUCCAUCCCUCUUGCCAGCCUGAGUGGCAGAUCCCUGGUUUUGAAGGUCACUUCAAACAAAGAUCUUGCAUCUCUUUCUUUCUUAGCCUGCACUUUUUCAAAUCUUCAUGGAUGUCUUCUGAAAACCGAGAUGCAAAUGGCAGCCUUUGCUGCUUCUAGCUCAUUUGGACUCAAAAUGCACUCUAAAGCGCUUGCUUUGUACUUCUUAAUAUUUGAAGGGUCCAUGUAAUUUCUAAACCUUGGAAUGAGGAACUGUGACUGGUCCCAUCUGCUGUCACAUGAACCCAUGGAGAAAAGCGACCAUAGCUGUUUCAGACAUGGCUGGACACACCCAGUGUACACAAGUAAUUUUGGAUUGUGCCAUUAACAUGCAUAUCCCCCAAAUUCCAGCCUUGUGUUCCUAGAAUUCCUGGUUUUCCCUGUCCACUCACCAUCAGUAGACACUAUGGAAUACAUUUGUCCUCAUUUAUCAGGGUCUAUGGGGACGCGGGUGGCGCUGUGGGUUAAACCACAGAGCCUAGGACUUGCCAAUCAGAAGGUCGGCGGUUCGAAUCCCUGCGACGGGGUGAGCUCCCGUUGCUCGGUCCCUGCUCCUGCCAACCUAGCAGUUCGAAAGCACAUCAAAGUGCAAGUAGAUAAAUAGGCACCACUCCGGCGGGAAGGUAAACAGCGUUUCUGUGUGCUGCUCUGGCUUGCCAGAAGCUGCUUAGUCAUGCUGGCCACAUGACCCGGAAGCUCCCUCGGCCAAUAAAGCGAGAUAACCCCAGAGUCGGCCACGACUGAACCUAAUGGUCAAGGGUCCCCCCCCCCAUCAGGGCCUAUUACUGGGAGCUGGAGUGCAUCAACAAUUGGAGGGCACCACGUUGGUUACCCCUGCCAUAUAUAAUCAUCAUCAUUACCAUUGCCCUUAGGAUGGAAUUCAAUGUUGUGCUAAGUGGGGCAUGUGCACACAAAAUAAGGUACACUCAUGCAAUGAGAGAAGACUGUGUGGUGAUAGGAUGGCCAUCUUCAAAUACCCAAAGGGCUGUCAUGUAGAGGAUAGAGUAAGCUUGUUUUCUGCUGCUCCAGAGGAUUCAAAUUGAAAUAAAGGCAAUUCUGAGUAAACAUUAGGAAUAACUUUCUGACGGUAAAAGCUGUUUGACAGUGGAAUGGAUUUCCUCAGAAUCAGGUGGAAUCUCCUUCACUGGAGGUUUUUAAACAGCGUUUGGAUGGUCAUCUGUCAGGGAUUCUUUCUUUUUUUUAAUCAAAAUUUUUUUAUUGGUUUUCCACAAAUUUUUGAACAUACCAACAAACAAACAAACAAACAUAAAUCAUAACCUUAUUAAGACUAAUCGUAUUAACAUUGUUAAGUGACUUCCUCGUAUCCCCGGUUUUCCAAAACCUAUAUUCUCAUAAACUUAACUUAAUCACUUAACAUCUUUCUUACUUUCCUAAUCUAAAUUUCAACAUAUUGAUUUAUCACAUUACAUAUUUAAAUCCUAAGCCUAUCUGGUAUUUGCAAGCUUUUCCAAUUAGUAUCUGUCAGGGAUUCUAUAGCUGCAAUUCCUGCAUUGGGCGUAUGAUCCUUAGUGUCCCUUCCAACACCACAGUGCUGUUAUUCCUCCCUCUCCUCCCUGUGUGUGCCCCCUAAACCUGUUCUGGGUUUCCCCUCAAUCCCCCAGUUCAAAUUUAGAAGGUGCAGGAUGAGAAGGGGAAAUUGUAGCAUGAGUGGACCUUGUUGCACACAUGAAACAACUUAGCUGAUUCCUACCUUUAGCAUGUAUGCUGUACAGUGGUACCUCGGGUUAAGAACUUAAUUCGUUCUGGAGGUCCGUUCUUAACCUGAAACUGUUCUUAACCUGAAGCACCACUUUAGCUAAUGGGGCCUCCCGCUGCCGCCAUGCCACCGCUGCACGAUUUCUGUUCUCAUCCUGAAGCAAAGUUCUUAACCCGAGGCACUAUUUCUGGGUUAGCGGAGUCUGUAACCUGAAGCGAACCUGAAGCGUCUGUAACCCAAGGUACCACUGUAUAUCACUUUUAGAAUAGCAUAAGCUGAGCACUGGUGAGGCAUGUGAUGCAGCUGUUUUAAAGGCUACUGCAAUCUUAGGCUGUCCUAACACAGUUAUAGUGUCCGGCUGGGCUGGGUGAUAUCUGCUUUUCAAUAUUGCGAUACAUCACCAGCUAAACAUCACAAUAUACUGAUAUCUCACGAUGUCUGAAAUAUGUUGAGGCAUUGACUGGCUUUACGGUUUUUCCCAUUUUGUGAUUUUUGCAUAGUGCACACACACACACGAUUCAUGAUAUAUUACCAGGUCAAAACUUAUGAAACCGAUGUCACGAUCUGGAUUUCAAACCGGUUUUGGAUGAUAUAUCAAUCAGCCCUAGUGUCCAGAUGACAGGAAGCAUAAGGAAGUUCUGCUCUAUUCUGCACUGCUCAGGCCAAUGUGGGCACCAGUUUUCAGAAAGGACCCUGACAAACUGGAUCAUGUAUGGAGAAUGCUGAAAGGUCUGGAAACCAAGUCCUGUAAGGGGUGGUUGAGAGAGCUGGGUGUGUUUAGCCUGGAAAAGAGGCGAUUGAGAGGAGAUAUGAUAGCCAUCUUCAAAUAUCUUAAGGGCUGUCACAUGGAGGAGGGAGCAUGCUUGUUUUCUCCAGCUCUGGAGGAUAGGACCUGAGCCAAUGGCAGGGCAUUGAACCUUGGGGUCCCUUCUAUCUCUACAAUUCUAUGAAAUGCAUAUAUGUUUAAUAAUUGACCCAUACAGCCAGUGUCAGAUUCUUAUAUAUCCAAUUUUAGCUGAUUUGAAGCAGACCCAUUUUAUAGUUUAAAACACUUGCAGAUUUAUCAUUUUGUUCUUUUUGAUGUGUGUGCCUUGAUUAUAUCUUAAUGAAAAACUAUAAAAAUAAAGUUUCAAACUGUUUCCAUAGAAACUUGAAGGUUUCCUGGUAGCUUGUCAGAGGUUUUCCAUAAUUGCAGAGAAGAUUCCCAGAAGGAUGGGUGGCCUGCCCCAGGCUGCUUUAAGAUGUGCUGAUCUCCUAAAUUACAUCAAGCUUAAAAGGCCCUAGAGCAGGCAUAGGCAAACUCGGCCUUCCAGAUGUUUUGGAACUACAGCUCCCAUCAUCUCUAGCUAACAGGACUAGUGGUCAGAGGUGAAGGGAAUUGUAGCCUCAAAACAUCUGGAGGGCCGAGUUUGCCUAUGCCUGCCCUAGAGCAUUGCCAAAAUAAAAAUGAAAGGUGUCUUAUUCUAAAAGAAGCAACAAACUUUUCUAUUUGCAUGUAUGCCAGUACAUAGGCAAGGAUGCAACUAAAAGCUAACCAUCAAACUAAAACUUGUACAGUGGUACCUCAGGUUACAUACGCUUCAGGUUACAUACUCUUCAGGUUACAGACUCCGCUAACCCAGAAAUAGUACCUCGGGUACUAUUUGCUUCAGGAUGAGAACAGAAAUUGUGCUCCAGUGGCGCAGCGGCAGAGGGAGGCCCCAUUAGCUAAAGUGGUGCUUCAGGUUAAGAACAGUUUCAGGUUAAGAACGGACCUCCGGAAUAAAUUAAGUACGUAACCAGAAGUACCACUGUAUCUUGCAAUACGCCUAUAGUCGUACCUUGGUUUUCAAACGUCUUGGGAGUCGACCGUUUUGGUUCCUGAACGAUCGAAUACUAGAAGUGAUUAUUCCGGUUUUUGAAUGUCCGACGUGACUUCCGCGGCUUCGGAUUGGCUGCAGGAACUUCCUGCAGCCAAUUGGAAGCCGCACCUUGGUUCCUGAAUGUUUUGGAAGUUGAACGGACUUCCGGAAUGGAUUCCAUUCAACUUCCAAGGUACGUCUGUAUUUGCACAUGAAAUACCUUUAAAUUUAGUAACUUGUUUGCAUUUAGAGGCCCAGCAUAAUCUGAGGUUCCAAAUUGUAGUUUAUUUAGCUUGUGCAUAAAUCCAGCAUCGGGAGAACCCCAGUUGCUCUGCCCUUGAUUGCAAGAGGGUGUUAGUUGUACUGUGGUAUGUGCUCAGAGGCUGCAAAGCCAAUGGCAAGGCAUAAAGUUGGAGUGGGAACCUUUCCUAUCUGAAACCUUGGAGAUCUGCUGCCACUCAGGGCAAAGGCAAUGCUAAGCAAGAUAUACCAUUGGCCUAACUCAGCACAAGGAAGCUUCCCAUGCUUUUAAUGAAGGCUUCUCUCCCAAUGCAGUUAGAAGCAGUGGCAGCAGGAUUUUCAUCAGGAUUACAGUGUGGAGUAGCCCUCUCUUUCCCCAAGGUCCUGCUGCAAUCCUGCUACCUCCAUCUGUGAAACAUGGGAGGCUUUAAUAAUCCAAACGUAACAAUCUGGGAUUACGAAACCUCGGAGCAUUGAGGUAUGGGUGGGUGAAUCUGUGACUCUCCGUUUCUCAAAUUCAUUCUAACAUCAAUUUGUGGGUGGGUGUUUUUUUAAUCCUCUUGAAAAUUCAUCAGCCUUUUAGUGCAAAUUUCUCCUAAUAUGCACGUUUUUGUAAAGUAAUUUCCCCUAAUAUUUUCCCUCAUAAAUACCCUUUUGGGCACACUUUAGUGCACACAAUAUUGUAUGCAUCGAAAAUUCAGAGAAGCAUAGAUUUCAAAAGAUGGCUGUGUUGUUGUUCGCAAAUUGUUUUGGAAAGUGUGAAUUAAGGAAAUUCACUUUUUAAUGCAAACUGAAUCUAAUUCCCCCCUCCCCUAUCUUUAAGAAAUUGUCUGUUUGGAUAGGCAAGAUGUUUUGGGGACUGAUAUAUCUCUUGCUUUGAGGACAGAGGCCUCUGGUGCCAGCUCACAAACAGGGCAGCCCAGCUAACCUUUUGAAAUGACCUUUGCCAGACUCUAAUAGGAUCUGGUGCUUAAGAGGACCUCAGCCUAAAUCAGGUGUAUUCUGAGCAAAGGCGGGUAAAAAUGGAAAGCUUGCAUAUUUCUCCUGCGGAUUCGCUUGGGAGGAGCCCCUUCCUGACCCAGGAAGCCAGUUCAACUCUCGUAAUCAUGUUGUAACUGGGAAUCUCCUCUGUGCAGCUUACAUAAUACUCUGAAGAAUGAGGUUUUGAAUGGGUCUGGGUAUGGAAGGUUGUCCGAGAGAAUCUCGUGAGAGCUAAUAAUAAUAAUAUAAUUUCUUAUUUAUACCCCACCCAUCCGGCUAGGUUUCCCCAGACACUCUGGGCGGCUCCCAACAGAUUAAAACAUCAAAUAUUAAAAACUUCCCUAAACAGGGCUGCCUUUGGAUAUCAUCUAAAAGUCAGACAGUUGUUCCUUGACAUCUGAUGGGAGGGCGUUCCACAGGGCAGGCACCACCACUGAGAAGGCCCUCUGCCCGGUUCCCUUUAACCUCACUUCUUGCAGUGAGGGAACUGCCAGAAGACCCUCGGAGCUGGACCUCAGUGUCUGGGCAGAACAGUGGGGGUGGAGACGCUCCUUCAGGUAUAUUGGGUCGAGGCCAUUUAGAACCUGAAGGGAUACAAGACACAGGUGGAUAGAUUGUCCCUCACAGGUAUGGUAAAAGGUAAAGGACCCCUGGAUGGUUAAGUCCAGUCAAAGGCAACUGUGGGGUUGUGGCACUCAUCUCACUUUCAGACCAAGGGAGCUGGCAUAUGUCAACAGACAGCUUUCUGAGUCAUCUGGCUAGCAUAACUAAACUGCUUCUGGUGCAACAGGACAGCGUGAUGGAAGCCAGAGAGCACGGAAACACUGUUUACCUUCCUGCUGCAGUGGUACCUAUUUGUCUACUUGCACUGGUGUGCUUUCGAACUGCUGAGUUGGCAGGAGCUGGGACAGAGCUCACCGCUGUCACACAGAUUUGAACUGCCGACAUUCUGAUCGGUGGGCCCAAGAGACUUAGUGGUUUAGACCACAGCGCCACCCAGAGGAAUGAACAUAGGGAGCUGCUUUCUACUGAGUCAGACCAUGGGUCCACCACCUAGCUCAGUACUGUCCAGUAUCAGUGGCUGUCCAGGGAUUCAGAUGGGGGACAUGCCCAAUGCUGCCUGCUGAUGCUGACAAUUGAACGUUGUGCCUUUUGCAUGCAAAAGCCGUGCUCUUCCACUGAGCUGUAACCCCUCCCCUAUAGGAGGGAGUAGGAGAGCUGAAAAGAAUGUCAAUAUAUUCACAUCUGGCAACCAAUGCGCCCCUUUGGUUUCAAAUAGUACAUGGGCAGAUCGAGUCUAAAAAGCCCAGGACACAGAUUUUCAUGGCCCUCUUUUAAAUUUUAUUUAUUGAUAUUUAUUCAAAGAUAUACAGAAUUACAUACCCAUUACAAAGUAUAUUUUUUAUAAUAUACUAAAACAGCUACUUCAUCUAAAAUUGGAAAUUUCUUAGGGACUUUUGGUGCGGAAGAGAAAAUGAGCUUGUAAUAUCUGGAUUUGACGAUCGAAAAAAUACUGGUUUAUAGAAGGUAGAAUGGUUGGACCUUAAAGAAUACCAUAUGUAGCUGCAGAGAGCAGGAAGUUCUUUCAUUUUACUCUUUCUUGUUUUGGUUUUCUUUCUUUCCCCUUUCUCUUGUUUUCUCCUCUAGAUUUCUCCUUUUAUUUUCUUCCUUCUGACUUUGCUCUCUCUCUCUCUCUUUUCCUAUGGAAGGAUCCUUCACCGGAGGAAGCGUAAGGCCGUGGGUUAGGCCCCCACCUUGGCCUGAAACAAAUGAUGGUUUUACCCCUGGCUAGCAGCAGCAUGGAGUUGCAGCCAGACAAUGGGCUCUGUGUCCGCAACAACACUGGCGACUGGAGGCUGAAGUCUGAAGAGUCGCGAAGCCGCAGAAACUCCAUCCCCCCAGCGAAGGCUCCAAUUGCCAAGCACAUGUUGGCUUACCUGCCUCGGCCCCCCACAGAAACAAGCCAAUAUGGGACCUUUCCUCAGAAGGUACGUGGCUGGGGGACCUAGAGUUCCCUUGCUGGUUGAAACACUCUGGGGAAUCGGACCUCUCCGACGGGAGCAGAGGGUCUCCUCACAACUCUCCCUUAACAAACUACAUUUUCCAGAUUUCCUCAGGGGGAAGCCUGAUUGUGUAUAUACAAGGACGUGGGCAUCAAUUGACGAUGGGGUGGAAGGUUCGCACGCUAUGAAGGACUUGCUCACAAAUUUAUUGACAGCUGCACGAAUUAUGAUAGCUAGGAAGUGGAAGGGGCAAGCAGAAUAUAAAAUGGAAGAAUGAUACAAAGAGGGGUGGGAUAUAGCUAUUAAUGAUAAAUGAACAUGUGUCAUUAAGGGUAGACGGGGAAUAUGCAGGAGAAAUGAUUCUGAGGAGAUAUGGAGGGUGUUUGUAGAAUUUGUACUGUUAAAACGGAAAGGGGUCAAACGACUGCAAGAGGUGUUGAAAUUUUGGAAGGCUGGAUAGUUACAAUGGAGCGGUCUCGGUGGUGGGGUACACAUUUUUAUUCUUAUUUAUUUAUGAUUAUUACUUUGUCAAAAAUAAAAAAUUUUAAGGGUGUGGGCAUGUGAGCCCUGGAGGGUUGGCUGGGGACGGGAGAAUAUAGGCCUCUUACUUUAAAAGGUGGGCCACCCCUAAUUUCAACAAUAAAUGCUUGACUUGACUACUGCUUCCUUCUCUUAAGUUUGAGUGAAUUGUCUUACCUUGAACAAAACUUGGAUAGAGCAAUUCCAUCUGAACAUCAGAGAUGUGCUGUCUCUGAUGCCUUUUUGGCACCUACUGAAGAUCUUCCUCUUCCAACAAGCCUUUUCAGAUAUUUUCCCCAGUCUGAAUCUGUACAGGAAUUGUUUUUAAGAUGCUUUAUCUCAUGUUGUUUGCCAUCCUGGGAUACAAAUUUAAUAAAUGAAUAAAUAAAUAAAUGGUGGGACAGAUCCAGUUGCCCUGGUGACCAGUCGACAAUCUCUAUUUUUUUUUUAAGAAUAAUUUUUUAUUAACCGACCAAUCACAUCAAAUCAAACCAAAUUACAUAAAUUCCGAAUUACACAGCCGAAUUUUAAAUUUUUGUUGGGGGUACCCAUAUUUCAAGUUCCGAAGGGAUCCAAUCAACUUCUUGCUUCUUACUGCUGUUUUAAUGUCCACAAAUCUAACCUUAUGAUGUUCACAGUACUAUCCAGUCCUUUCUUAUUAUUUUUCCACAUCUCUUGUUGUUAUUUUCAUAUAUUUUUCCUUUCUCAUUGUGACCUCUGAUAGUCUCCGCAAGCUGGUUAGAACAGUUUGUAAUCCGACAAUUUCUAGAAGGGAUUUCAGAAUGUUUGCAGGGCGGGAAUUCACUGAAAUUCAGUUCCAUCACCUCUCUGGUAGGUGCCAUUGCCAUUAUAAGAGAACAAGGGAGGCGUUCAUGGUGAGUUCCAGCACCUCUUUUUCUAGAAAAGUAGCAGUAUGAGAAAUACAUCCUUGCCAAACAAAAUACUGUUAGGGGGAGGGCUGAAGCUCAGUGGUAGAACAUGACCUUUAAAGCCCUAAACGGCCUCGGUCCAGUAUACCUGAAGGAGCGUCUCCACCCCCAUCAUUCAGCCCAGACACUGAGGUCCAGCACCAAGGGCCUUCUGGCGGUUCCCUCCCUGCAAGAAGCAAGGUUACAGGGAACCAGGCAGAGGGCCUUCUCAGUAGUGGUGCCCUCCCUGUAGAACGCCCUCCCACCAGAUGUCAAAGAGAACAACAACUACCAGACUUUUAGAAGACAUCUGAAGGCAGCCCUGUUUAGGGAACUUUUAAUGUUUGAUGUAUUACAGUAUUUUUUUUUUUUUUUUUUUGCAAGCCGCCCAGAGUGGCUGGGGAAGCCCAGCCAGAUGGGCGGGGUAUAAAUAAUAAAUUAUUAUUAUUAUUAUUAUUAUUAUUAUUAUUAUUAUUAUUAUGUGCUUUGCCAGCAGAGCAUCCCAAGUUUGAUCUUCAGGUAGGACUGGGAAUGUCCUCUGCCUGAAACCCUAGAAUGCCACUGGCAGCCAUUGUUCGCAAUGCUGAGCUAGAUGGACCAAGAGACAAACGUAUUAUAAGACAGCUUCCAAGUUUCUAUCCUUAUCUUGUGGAGGGUUUUUUUGUCCUUCAGCUUGCAAUAUGGGGUUGUGCUUCAGUGAAGAGCUUCCAUGAUCUAGCCUUAACUAACGACUCACUAUUUUGGAAGACAGAGAUGGAGAGCUUACUAAGUUUGUUUUCUUUUCCAGCCUGAAAUGAUAGCUGUUUCGAUGGGUCCUUCAGACAGGAGCCCCCAGCAAACGGAAACUGCAGCCACCAAGAAAAGUGCCCUGACAUGCAACUACGUGUCGGUACCCUGCAGCUCAAACAUCCCCAAUGACAGGACAGUCCUUCUCCAGCGGAGGCUCAGCACCGCAGAGCAGGUUGUGCCUAUCAAGCAUCGUCCCAGAGUCUCAAUCGAUACAGAUGAAUUGCCCAGAUACCACCGGUCCUCCAGGACUGACCCGCCGCCACCUUCUCUGUUGCGGGACCUCAAUGCCCGGCUUUAUCCCCAGCACGCUUUCAGUGCGCCCAACAUCAUCAACUCGUCGCGGAACAAAACCCCAACCCGUAGCAUCAUUUCCGUGCCCUCCUCGGACAAAGGGCAGAGCCGGCGCUGUAAACUCAUAGAUGAUGACCGGCAGUUUGGCUGGGGGAACAAGCAGCAGCGGCAGCGCUACGUCACCAAGGUGGGCAAGUGCCAGGUGAACCUGGGCAACAUUCAGGAAAAGAAGAGGUUCCUCUCAGACAUCUUUACCACCAUUGUGGAUCUCAAGUACCGCUGGUUCCUCUUUGUCUUCAGCAUGUGCUACAUCAUCACCUGGGUGGUCUUUGGCAUCAUCUAUUACUUUGAUGCCUGGGUCCGAGAUGAUGUCAACCACAUAGGUGACCCCGAGUGGAAGGCUUGCAUCGAGAACAUUGAUAACUUCAUCUCUGCCUUACUGUUCUCUGUAGAAAGUCAGCGGACAAUUGGCUACGGAUCUCGGAUUGUGACGGCCAAUUGCUCAGAGGGGGUCAUCUUGCUAAUGGCCCAAUCCAUCAUUGGUUCUAUGAUUGAUGCCCUCAUGGUGGGCUGCAUGUUUGUCAAGAUCUCCAGACCCAAGAAGCGUGCCCAGACCUUAAUAUUCAGCAAGAAGUGUGUCAUCUCCCACCGGGAUGAGAAGCUCUGCCUCAUGUUCCGCAUCGGAGAUCUCCGGGACAGUCACAUGGUAGAUGCAAAAAUAAGAGCCAAGCUAAUCAAGUCCAGGCAAACAAAGGAGGGGGAGUUCAUCCCACUGGAGCAGUCAGAACUGAACCUGGGCUAUGAUACGGGGGAGGACCGACUGUUCCUGGUGGAGCCACAGAUAAUUUGUCAUGUCAUCAAUGAGGUCAGCCCCUUCUGGGAGAUGUCUGCGGACACACUGAAGAAGGAACAGUUUGAAAUCAUCAUCAUCCUUGAAGGCAUUGUGGAAGCCACAGGUGGGUGCACUGUAGAGUAGAACAUCAAAGAAGGGGACACAUUCUGGAGACCUGUUUGGGUGACCCUACAAACUCAACACGAGUGAGCUUUGGAGAAAUGAUCCACUUUUCACUCCGCAAUGCAGUUCUGGCUGCUGGCCCUACCUCACCUCUUCUUUCUUUUCUUCUUCUUUUUUAUAAAAAAAUAUUUUUAUUGAUUUUCCAAAUUGUUACAGAUCAAACCAAAUUGCUGUAAUACAAUUUCUUAAAAUCAAGUUCCCCGCUCUGGUUGCAAUCAUAUGACCAAGAUUUUCCCCCCAUAGCUGCUUCAUUUCUUAUUUAGUCUCCAGUUGACAUCCUUCACUUACCAUCAAACCAUUCUUCCAGCUGUCUGCUUUUUCACCUUACCAAACAGCACCUCAGUUUCAUCUUGUAAAUAUAUACAGUGGUACCUCGGGUUACAUACGCUUCAGGUUACAGACUCUGUUAACCCAGAAAUAGUACCUCAGGUUAAGAACUUUGCUUCAGGAUGGGAACAGAAAUCGUGCUCCGGCGGCACAGCAGCAGCAGGAGGCCCCAUUAGCUGAAUGAAGUGGUGCUUCAGGUUAAGAACAGUUUCAGGUUAAGAACGAACCUCUGGAACGAAUUAAGUACUUAACCCGAGGUACCACUGUAAUCAAUUUCAAGUGUGUAGCCCUUCACGUACAAUUGUAUUCCAGACCUGGAGUGUUGAAAGAGUUCAGUUUCUUUCUCUCAUUGUUCAAUCCUUUGCAGUGUUUAUCUGAGUGGCACAAAGUCACAUUCCAUAUCAUUCCACCGUUAUCAAGCUGACAAGUGAACUGCAGCCAUAGAUAUCUCACAGAGUGAAUUUUCCAGACAUCCACCAUUAAAUUCCCCUCUGGAGUUCUUUCUCGGCACACAAUACACAGCAACGUCACACAGAACUGUUUAACCCUGUAAGUUCUGAUUCUCCUCAAAUGUCUUUCCUACCUCAUUUCAGCAUUUAUCCAGCUGCGAAUCAUUUUUCUCUUUUUCCCCACUGCAUUCCUCCAAUGACACCCUUGUCCAACGGUAUCAUAAUUAAAGUCCUUUCAACUUCGGUCAAGGGGGGGCAUAGCAAAACUUUAUUAAAUUCCUUGUAGAACAUAAAUCAAAAGCCUCCCUCCCUCUUUUUUGAAGUGUCAAACAAAGUAGCAACUACACACGUCUCUUCAUUGUAGCAGAGGACAAAGAAAAGAAAGACCAUUAAAAAAACCAUAAGAAAGCACAAAACUCCUUUUGCCCCCACCCUUUCCUUCCACACUGUUGUAAGGAUUCUCAAGCUUAAGGAAACAUUCAAAUACCUUCAGAAAACCAGUCCCGGUUCUUUCGGUGGCUGAUUGAUUGCAGCAUAUUAGCAUAUGAUGCUUCGAGAGCACCUCUUGAUUAACGCCAAUUAUCCAGAUUGAGGAGGAACCUUCCACAAAUCAUGCCCGUAACGAUGGCUUAUCCAUGGCAAGGGGCACACUCUCAGAUCGGUCCCAUUCUGCCUUUCAAGUUGGCAGACACAGGAUUGUGUUACACUGCGGGAUGCAAUGAACUCCCCACUGAGGGGCAUUGAGUGGGUUUAUGCCAGGGGUCAGCAAACCUUUUCAGCAGGGGGCUGGUCCACUGUCCCUCAGAGCUUGUGGGGUGCCGGACUAUAUUUUUUUGGGGGGGGAGGGGGAAUAUGAACGAAUUCCUAUGCCCCACAAAUAACCCAGAGAUGCAUUUUAAAUCAAAGGACACAUUCUACUCAUGUACUGGAGUUUCUGCCGCCCAUGUCUCUUGAAGGACAAUGAUGUUAAAGUUUUGGCUAUGGAAUGGAAUAUCUGUAGACUGAGACCGGAGCCGCACGUGGCUCUUUUACACCUUUGCCGCGGCUCCGGGGCAGAUACUAGCGAGGGGAGGAGGCGCAUUGUGCGCCCCGACACUCCCCACUGUGGCGGGCACUGUACUGGCUGUGACGUCGCAUGGGGGCGGUGCGUGCGUUAGUCACGCACCGUCCCGACGUCACCUUCCCACCCGCCCGCCCGCUACAUUGUAAGGGGCAUGUACGCUGGUCACUGCAUUGAAAGGGGGCAUGUACACUGGUCACUGUUUUGAAGGGGAGUGAAGAACACACACGAAAAGGUAACUUGUUAAUUUAACGUUUAUUUCUAUGAGGAGGAGUAAUUCUGAAGGGUCAAACAAAGAAAUAAUAAAAAAGUGACAAAAAAGUUAUUUUUAUAAUGACGAGUUUUGCGGCUCCCAGUUUUUUUUUCUUUGGAAAUGGGUCCAAGUGGCUCUUUUUGUCUUAAAGGUUGCAGACCCCUGAUCUAGACCAACCGGCCACAUUCCAUAAAAGGAUAUUUAGGGCAUUGGUUGAUUCUUGGAUUUUGGGCACCCUUGGAGAUUUUCAGCCAUUGAUUCUUUAGGGCGGUGGAGUCUGGCGUAUUUGUAGGGAGGUGGGGUAGGAUAGAAAAAACUUUUGUAGUAGGGACUGAUUUGGUGUGUUUAGUUUCUCUGACAAUUUUCUCAUGUAAAAGCAUGCUGAUUCCUGGACCGUCCGUGGGCCGGAUUUAGAAAGUGAUUGGGCCGGAUCCAGCCCCUGGUCCUUAGUUUGCCUACCCAUGGUUUAUGCCUCAUCUCCUCUCUUUCCCUUGCCUGAACAUUGCCGGAGGGCUACAAUAAACAUCCACCAUUAACUCACUGGCGUGGCCAGAAACCACCUCACCCCUUCUUUCUCAGGAGAGUAGAGGGUCCUGGGAUCUAUAGGAGAGCUAGAAUAUAUGUGUCUCUGCACACCUUUCUUGCUACUUACACUCGCUUCAUUCUCCUGUUCUGUACAUAGCAUGCUUCAAAUGUCUGUCCCAACCCUUCUGCAACCUCAUGCCCUUCAGAUGUUUUGGACUCCCAAGUCCCAUCAUGCCAAGGGAGCAUGGGCUGGUGAUGAUCAAGGAUGAUGCGAGCUGCAGUCCACAACAUCUGGAGGGCAGCAAUUUAGAAGAAAGACCUCUUUCUUUCUUUUUUAUUAUUAUUUAUUGAAUUUAUAUACCUCCCAAUACCCGGGGGUCUCAGGGCAAUUCACAGAACAAAAUCAAGAUCUAAAACCACAAAAUACCUAGUAAAAAUAGCAACCCAAUACCCCCCCCCAAAAAAAACCAUUUUAAAAGGGCAUAGGAUAUAAAUCGGAUCAACCAAAGGCCUGGUUAAAAAGGAACAUUUUCCCCUGGCACCCAAAGGUGUAUAAUGAAGGCACCAGGCUAACUUCCCUGGGGAGAGCAUUCCACUGCAGAGAAAGCCCGUUCUUGUGUUCCCACCCUCCGAACCUUUCGAGGAGGGGGCAUGCGAAGGACGGCCUCAGAAGAUGAUCUCUGGGUCUGGGUAGGUUUAUAUGUCAUCUUUCAGUUAGGAAAAAAAUCUGGGUCAUUUACAAUAUAACAAACAAAACAGUGGUACCUCGGGUAACAGACGCUUCAGGUUACAGACACUUCAGGUUACAGACUCCGCUAACCCCGAAAUAGUACCUCGGGUUAAGAACUUUGCUUCAGGAUGAGAACAGAAAUUGCGCAGAGACAGCGGGAGGCCCCAUUAGCUAAAGUGGUACCUCAGGUUAAGAACCGACCUCCAGAACGAAUUAAGUAACCCGAGGUACCACUGUAAUCAAAACCAUCUCAGUCAAAAUUCAUCAAAGGUUAAAAAUCUGGUAGUUAUUUUUUUAAAAAAAAUAUUUAACCUGACACCUCUAGGCAAUCAGUACUGGUGCCAGGCAAGCAUUCCCAGGAAGAAAAUUCCAUAAAUGGAGGACCACAACUGCAAAGGGCCUCUCCUCAGUCUCCAGCCAAUUUACCGUAUUUUUCACUCUAUAAGACGCACCAGACCACAAAACGCACCUAGUUUUUGAAGGAGAAAAUCAAGAAAAUAAUAUUCUGAAUCUCAGAAGCCAGAACAGCAAGAGGGAUCGCUGUGCAGUGAAAGCAGCAAUCCCUCUUGCUGUUCUGGCUUCUGGGAUAGCUGCACAGCCUGCAUUUGCUCCAUAAGACGCACACACAUUUCCCCUUACCUUUUAUGAGGGAAAAAGUGAGUCUUAUAGAGCAAAAAAAUACGGUAAGUCGUAUGGCUGGAGUUUCCAGAGGAGCAACUCAGAAGAAAAUCAGACUUUGGACAGGCUGAUGCGGGUGUGCUUCCUCCUUCCCCGGGUUCAACAACAUGGAGGAAUUUAAAUGUGAGCACCAUCACUCUGUGCUCAAGUAACCAAGCUGAGAGACAUAAUCAGAGUAGUUUAUAAGCAAUUCAAGAACAAAGGAAUUGCUGUUAAACAAAAGUAACAUUUAUUUGCUGGUGGAGGGAGGGAGGGAGCAUUAUGCAACACAACACACUAGCAUAUUUAAUUCAGCCAAUAAUUUCUGUGUGCAGAUGCAUGUAUAAGCACUGCCGUUUCUGAGCAUAUCAAUUAGGAUUUUUUGUUCGUUUGCUUUUAAAGUGGAAUCCGCACUCUCAAGUGAAAAGAAUGUGAACAUGUAUUAAAUUAGGGUUGCCAUAUUUCAGAAAGUGAAAAUCCGGACACAAAAGUUGUGCACCUACAAUGGUACCUUGGUUCUUGAACUUAGUCCGUUCUGGGGGUCCGUUCCACUCCUGAAACUAUUUGAAAAACAAGGCGCGGCUUCUGAUUGGCUGCAGGAGCUUCCUCAACUCAAGCAGAAGCUGCGUCAGAUUUUCAGCUUCCGAAAAACAUUUGCAAACUGGAACACUUACUUCUGGGUUUGCAGCGUUUGGGAGCUGAUUUGUUCGCGAGCCAAGCCACCCGAGAACCAAGGUACCACUGUAUUUUUAAGGACACUGGCCAAAAAAAUCAACACUUCCGAUAUGAACAGCAAUAUGCUUGGAUUUUCCUGGACAUUUUGACCGAUUUCUGAAAAUUCUGGAAGCUAUUUUCAGUGUCCGAAUCGUGGACAUAUCCGGGAAAUUCUGGAUGUAUGGCUGCCCUAAUUAAAUGCACACAGAAUAAACAUCACGGAGACAAAUCAAAUCAAAACGUAAUUAUUUGCAGUGCAGGAUGGCUGUGUCCUAUGCCAUCUGGUGGUCAUUCCUCUCUGUCUUGUCGUUUCCAGAGGGCCUGCUUAUUAAGCACUCAACAUGAUUAGUUUGCACAAAGUAUGUGGGGAGGUUAGAUGACAUCGACCACUUAUUGAGCAUUUAUUCUGAUUUGUUCGUGAAAAGGUUAUAAAGUACUGCAUCAACCAGGCAUGAUGCCCAAAGAUCACAAACUGUCUGCUGGGGCAGGGGAAGUGAGUUUGUUGUGCAAGAACUCCAGAACUACCGUAUUUUUCGCUCUAUAGGACACACUUUUUCCUCUCCAAAAAUUAAUCAAAUUCUGUUCACGUAUAAAUACUGUCCCUUGAAGUCAGAACAUGAACUGUCACAGUUUUGUGAAUUUUGUACACUGGCUUCCGUACCAUGCAUUUAAAGCACGCUGUGUCCCGCAAAGAAUUCUGGUUACCGUGUGUAGAACGUUACAGGCUAAAAUUGGGGAGAGUCGAGGUGGGGCUGGUUUUCCCCUUAAGAGGGUCCCCUACCCUUCUCCCCCUAUAAUACAUGCACAGAAUAAGGUCAGAUAAUUCAAUCAGUAACAGAAAUGGGAGCAGAAAUUGCCAUUAUUUGCAUAUUUGACCGACAAGAGGAAGGGAAAGCACGUAAAUAUAAGCACUAUUCACUAUUGUGAUUUUUUAAAUCUACAAAUGUUACACAAAUUUGUUGUUUUCUGAAUUGUUUUUGGCAUUCCUCUUCCACUGAAAUGCACCAAAAUUGGUCUUAGUCACAGCAGAUAGUGAGACAAACAACGUAGGUUUUAGCAGAAGCCUAUACGGUAGUGGAGUUGAUUGGAACAAACACGGAAUAUGACAGAUAUCACUGCCCUAGCACAGAAUGAGAUUCCUCCCAGUUCUGAUUCUAUGAAGCCGAUAUUCCUGGUGACUAGCAGCUUGUUUGUGCAAUUGGAUACCCUGAUAUGACAACCACUUAACCUCUGUUCAAAAAGCAAAUUGGAGGUCAAAACAAGUAGAAGUGAGUGAAGUGAUCAUAGCUGAGCGGCAGAGCAGACGCUUUGCCUGCAGAAAACCCCAGUUUCAAUUCCUGAUGUGGCCAGUGAAAAGGAUCAGAUAAUAGAUAGGAAGGAUCCUCUCCUAGGGAUCCUGGAGGACAGGUACCAGUCAGAAAAUACUGAUCUAGGUGGACCGAAGGCACAGUGGAAGAUGUUGUUAGGGCCUCACUCUCUUUGCAUGCAGAAGGUCCUGGGUUCAGUCCCCAGCAUCUCUGGUUAAAGGGGUCAGGUGAUGGGAAAGAAUCCCCUUUGCCACCACUCGAGACUCUGGACCACCACAGAAAACCAGAAUGGGCAAAAUGAGCAGAGUUUGACCUGGUAUAAAGCCACUUCCUAUGGAAGAGUCAAAUCCAAUCCAAUAUUUAUCACAGUCAGUGAGCAUCAUAAAAAACCCCAAGAUGUGAUGCACAUUGAACACAUCCAGAUGGGCAUAACAGAGUAAAAACAAUACAAUAAAAAGUAAAAGUAGCACAGAGUGAAACAAAAUGGGCAUCAACAUUUUAAAAGUUGUAGUUGUAACCAGUACUCCCCCCCGGGGGGGUGCUACUCAAGGGUACACAAUACUGGCACCUUUUUUCUAGAAGAAAAGCACUGCCUGUAACACAAACUUCAAAGAGAGAAAUGUAGAAAUGCCUGAGGUCAAUUCCUGGCGGGUUUUGCUCGCUGCAGCACAAUACUUGAUCACCCGGAGAGCGAUAGAUGGAACAGUAUCAUCAAUGCCUGUCAAGGUCAGGUGUCUUGACUCAGCUCCUUAUUUCCUGGGAUAAGUUGACCUGUCAACACGAGGCAGCUUGUUAACUUUGGUGGGUAGAGUUCAUGGUUGUACAGGAGAGAGAGGGAGGUCUCAUGUUCAAUCUCCAAAAUCUUUGAUAGGGCUGGGAGACCUGUUUGAAAUUACAGAGACCCUUUGUCAGUCACAGGGGACAGUAUUGAGCUGGAUAGACCAAUGACCUGAUGAAAUAAAAGAGCUGUAUCCCACGUUCCUAAAUGUGGGAAGUUCAAAACACAAUCAUACCUUGGUUCUCAAACAGCUUAGUUGAUGAACAAAUAGGCUCCGGAACGCAGAAAACCCAGAAGUAAGUGUUCCUGUUUUCGAACGUUUUUUGAAAGCCGAACAUCCGACGCGGCUUCCGCUUGAGUGCAGGAAGCUUCUGCAGCCAAUUGGAAGCUGCACCUUGCUUUUUGAAAGGUUUCGGAAGUCAAACGGAAUGGAUUAAGUUUGAGAACCAAGGUAUGACUGUAGUUGGGCACAUGUGUCUUACAGAAACAACCCCAAAGUCCUCAUUUCAUGCAACACUCUUAAGUCACAAAGCCAGUUCCAGGUUUCUGGGGGCCUUUGUUCCCCUCCUUUUUCUACUUGAACCCCCCACUCUCCCUCUUGCACCCCCCCUUAAAGUAAAACAACUAUUGACCCAUAUGGCAAUCCCUACACAAAAAUAUGGGGGUUGCCAAAUUCAGACAAUGCCAAUGUUUCAAUUUCCACUCUUUGCUCUCCAUUUUUUUUCUGCAAACAACAUAACUUAGAUGUAUAACUUAAUCUGCGAUGCUAUACAUGCUUCCCCAGGAGUAAGUCCCAUUGAACCCAAUAGGACUGUAUGGUGCCUUCCACAUUUCCAACCGCCCACUGACAUACCUUUCCCCCCCAGGAAUGACGUGUCAAGCCCGGACCUCCUACGUAGAGGACGAGAUCCUGUGGGGCCACCGCUUUGAGCCCUGCAUGACGUUGGAGAAAGGCGCCUUCCGUGUAGAUUACACCCGCUUUGAGAAGACCUUCGAAGUCCAGACGCCAGUGAUUAGCGCACGAGAGAUGUAUGAACAGCGGGAGAUGGAAAACCAGGACCAGUCGACUCUCAGCUUGUACUGGGACCAUCUGCUGCACCCCUGUCUGUCGGCAGACCUCAACAACGAUGGUCCCAGUGACGAAGGUCUCUCCAAACUGGGCUUCUCCAACAUCACAGAAGAGGAGAGAAGCAGCGAAUACAAAAACCCAGAGGCCAGUGUUUGAGCAACCUCAGGCAUUCAGGGCUUCUCUUUCAACCAACAGGAACCAAGAAUAAAGCGAUGCCCUUCAGAUUCGCAGGAGGAUAUCUGCCCUUUUUUUCACAUCAUGUUGUGGUUGUUGCACUCCCAGGUGGAGCUGUAUGGAAAGGCGGCUUGUUCUGUUUCAGCAAGUCCUCAAACACAUCCCCUGCCCAGCCAUUGUUGACUUCAGGGGACUCUUCCCAUUAGCUCUCUCUGGGUUUGCCGAAUUAAGAUGAUGCCCUGAAAUAAAAUUGCACUACAGGACAGCUCUUGGGGCUGGAUCCCUUACAAAGAGCAACUUUUGUGUUCCUGAAUCAAUGUCCGAUUGGGGGUUCUGGUUUCUGCAAGCAGACGUUCAACGCUGAAUCUGUCCCUUUGAAAACAACAACAACCCAAAACCCUUUUGGCUACUUUUAUUGGCAUAGCUAUCGCCGUCAAAGCUGGAUAGCUCGUAAGGGUUGACCGGAAUCUUUCUUUGCUUCGAGUUUAACCACUUUGGAAAAAGCUUUGCGUUGGGUGUCCUGGGGUCUGUCCAGUUCUCUGGCUCCCCCCUUUUCUAUGCCACAUGCAGUAGGUGCCUGGGCUGCAGGCAGCACCCCCAACUGCAGCUCCCUCCAGGCGCAAAUGCAAAAGUGUCUCAUCUUGUCACAGUGCCAUACAGAACUCUUUCUUGGUGGAUGUGUUGUCCUAUCUAUCCCUCCCUUCCUCAUUGCCCAUGUGCAUUUAGCUGGCCCCAUUUCUCUCCUUCUUUGCCUAAUGGAAGCCUUUAGCUCCUGGGCUCACCAGUCUUACGGUCCCUCUUUUGCUGUGGCUGCUGCUAAAUGGAAUUAUUUUUUACACAAAGCCACACACCCUUUUCCAACAAGGACACGGGGAGGGGAAACGGGAA